AUUUUUUUUAUCUAAGUUAUGCGCACAAUUAUCCGAUUGACAAUAUAUAUAUAUAUAUAAUCUCGCGAGAUUUCACGUCGCUGACGUAUCGUCUAAAUCUUCAUUUAUUUAACGUAUGAGCUCAGUUGGAUUGUUCACAACAAUCCAAAAAUACGCCUCUGACGUAACAAAUGAACAAAUGCAAUCUACUUGGAAAAGAUCGACCGUUCAUUUUUAAUGUCGAGACGUGAGACGCGAUUAUAACGAUUCCUUGUAAAAGCUUUAGAUUCUAACCUCAAUAUCGUUAAAAUCUGAUGCAAGUUUGGAGUGAUUUACAGAUGUAUUCUGACUUCUUGGAAAAUAAAACUUUUGUGCAGCGUUUGUUGAAAAGGACGUCUUGUUAUUGAAAAUUACUGUACAGGAUUGAUCAUCAAGCGACAUGGAUCCAGUUCAGCCUGAAAAUCCUAAAGCAGAGGGAAUCGCUGAGGAGAAGAAGAAUUUUGUAUCAUUUAAGUUAGACGAGCCUGUUACUACGGCCCUAAAUAUAAGUCCAUUGACCAACGUCAGUGCCAAUGAGGGAGAAAGCCUCUCUUUUGUAGUACUCGGUAAAGAUUCAGUGGAGGCUCAGGCUACCCUAUUAGCUUCAUACGUUGAUAUCCAGCAGAAGAGUAUGUCUAUUGAUUAUAAGUCAAUAGUGUCAUCGCUGAGCAUAACCGAGAUGCAAAAUAGAUUGAUGGAGAUGUUGCAAGAAAAUGUGAAAUUGAAGGAAACUCUGAGGCAGAAUAAUGACUCUAUGAAGCAGCAGUUUAGCACCCUGGCAAUGUGGCAGGAGGAAGUAACGAAGGUUCACCAAAGUCAUAAGCAAAAAUUUUCAGAAACUAAAGAACUCAUAAAUCAUCUCAAAAAGGAAAAUGCAGAGCUGAAAAAUAAACUCUUGCUCUUGCAACGCACUGAAGAUAUAGAAUAUGAGAUGAUUAAUAAGUCUGAUACCAUUAGUGCUUCCAUCAAUCAAACAGAACUUGAGCAAAACACGCCCGAACUUGCAGGCUCAAUAUCAAAAAUGGCUAUUGAAAAAUGUAAGGACUAUAUAAUAUCUAUAAUAUCGGAGAAACUUGCUGAUGAAGAAUUACAACGUAAAUUACAAAAAUUAAAAGCGAGUAAGGAAUUAGAAUCGGCAACAGUAGCGUUAAAUUGCAAGCUUCACAGCGACAGUUGCGCAGAAACUGUAGAAAGUUUGAAAUGUUCGGAGAUGUGUUCUGUAAAGGAUCAGGAAAUUGCCAGCUUAAAAGAAUCCAUCGCUCUACUCGAACAGAAGCUGCAAUGUGUUCUUGCUCCUGUUAAACUGCAUGAUUUAACGGAAACGUCAUCCAAUUUAAAUCGUCAGAAAUUCGUACAAAAUAUGAAGCAAUAUAACGACAUGUUGCAAGAAUUAACAGAAUGUUUUGUAGAACAAAUAGAACGUUUUGCCACCAUUGAGAAAGGUCUGAAGGAAAUUACGCAUAUACUUAGACUCGACGACGAUAACUCUAAAAUGCAGUGUAAAGAAAAAUUAUGCCAGUAUUGCAAACAGCUGGCGAACGAGCAGAUAAAACUCAUCACUGAUAGGCAGACUCUAGUUAAAUCGCAGAAUCAACUUCAAAAGAUAUUCUCUGAUUACAAUUCUGUUCUUUAUGAAUUGGAAAUAACGAUCGAUGAAAAUGCGAAAUUAAACGUUUUGAAGGACAAUAGCGCGCGUGAAAACUUAGAAGAGCAACUGGAACAGAUUAAACGCGACAGGCAAUUGUUAGAUGACGAGAUAAAAAUUUUCGAUCAAGAGAGGGAUAACUUGGAGAACGACAAAAAGUCCCUCCAGAACCAGAAAAAGAACUUGGACAUGGAACUUGAAUUACUGUGUGAUAAGAUAAAGCUUUUGGAACAAGAAAGAAUUGGUUUAAAUGAAGAAAAAAUGUCACUUGAUCAUCAGAGUGAAUUGUAUGAAAAUUGCGAAAGAGAUUUGCACAACGAGAAAAAUGCAUUGCGAGCUCAGAACGAACAGUUGCUGACUGAGACAAAUGGCUUGCGACAGCAGAUUGAGGAGAAAACUGCAGAAUAUCAAAGGAUAAUGGAGCAGUUGGCACAAAGCGCGGAAGAGAUAGAACUCUUAAGAUCACAGUUGUCACUUUACGAAGAAGACUUUCAGCAGGAAAAAAGACUGAAAGAAACGUUGUUGGAAGAAAAGACUAAAUUGACUGCAGAAUUGUUUAAGCAUAUAAACAAGCAGUUACAAGGUUCUACUAACGUUUUCUCAAGCACUGAUGUUGGAUCAGUUCCAGGAUUCUUACCUGAAGAUCAAAGCGGUGACAAAUGCAAAGGGCAUGCAAGAGGUGGCAACGCCACUGUGCGAGAAAAGCGGCCGAAUUCUCGAAAUUUUAUCUCUCGCUUAUUUUCAAUGAAAUAAUGAAUAAUUACAUAUUUGUUCACAAAUAUUCAAAUUUCUUUCGAAAUUAGUAUACACGCAGUUAUAUAAAUAAGUUCUAUUUCUAUCUAUUGCUUUUCUAUAAUUCUGUAACUGUACGCUUCAGGUGUAUCAUAUAGUUGCUCGUAACAUUGCCAAGUUGGUUGCUUUAAUCCUGGAUUAUUCUCUUUUGUUUUCUUUUUAUUCUUUCUCUAUCCUUUCAAGGGUACAAUGCGCUUUUUAUUUGAUUAUUACAAACUAUAUGUAUUCUUUACAAUAUUGCUUGAAUUAGUUGAAUCAGUUAGUAGAUUUUAUAUAUAUAUAUAUAAAAUUUAGUAAGUAUAUCAAAUUUUAAAUCUUUAUAAAUUUUAUCUCAAAUUUCUCUUAUAAUAAAUAUAAAAGUAUAAUUUUAAUAUUUAGUAAAUAAUCAGCUAGGUUUUGUAAAUUUAGUUAUAUAAAUAUAAUAUUUUAAUUUUUUUAAUGAAAAUAUUUUAUUUAUAUAAUAUAUUUACAACACAAUUCUUUACAAGAAUAAUUUCCUAACUAUUUCGGAGAAUAUAGUUGUUUACCAUACUACACAGAUAUUGGUAAUAAUCCAAGAUUAAAUUCAACGGUAAUGACUUUUUUUCAAUUAGUAUUUCGCAUUGGCAUUCUAGUAUGUUUUGAAUUGCAGAAUUGUAAGAAGAAAUUAAAUAUUACAUUUUAUUUUAAUAUCGCAUUUUAAUAUGAUAAGUGAGGACAAGAAUUUUAAUAU